UUGAUGAAUAAUAAUAUUGAGAAAAUUAGUUUUUAUUUGGUGUUAAUAAAUAAAAUUGUGUGUUAAAAUGAAAAAAAAAAAUGAAUUGGAAAUUAAAUAAAACAAUUAGAAUAAAGAAAAGAAAAAAAAAUAAAUAUAUUCAAUGGGCUUUGAAUAUGGGUUGUAAAAGAAAAAAAAAAAAAUUUAAUGGAGUUGGGCUUAAGUGGCUAGUGGCUUUUAAAAGCCUAGUGGGCUGUUAGUAAAAAAAGAAAGGAAUUGAGUUGGGCUUGGAUGUGGGCUUAAGUGGCUGCCUUGUGAAGUGGGCUGUUUUAAAAAUAAAUAAAAAAAAAAAAAGGAAAAGGGGGAAAAUUGGAAAAGUGCAGCACGCGGGAGAGAGAGAGAGAAAAGGGCACUGUUCAUAAAUUAGGGCACUUGCCGGAAUUUUGAUCGGCCGUUUGGACGGCCAAACGAUUUCUGUUUCGGCCCAAAUUCAGAGGAAGUACUCUAUUCGACUAGACGAACAAGCCUGCGGUGGCUGAUUUUGUUUUUAACGGUCAAAUUUUCAGAUCUGAGAUGCAGAUAUCUCUCCUGAGGAUCCACAGGUGGGACAGGGAGGACUUCAGGAUGCUCUUGGAGCGGCCUAGUGGAGCGUGGCAUUUAUUUGUUAUUGUGUUCCUUUUUGGAUUUUGGGGAUUUGUUUUAGCAAUUAUGACUCAUGGAUUUGCUAUGAAGCUUUAUUUGAUUAAGUUGUUAAUUGUGAACUUUUAUUUUGGACUAUAAUGAAUAUUUAUUUAAUCUUGUUGUUUUGAGUAGUUUUGGGAUAUUGUGGUUUAUGAGAAUUCUAGUGGGAUGUAUAAAAAAAAAUAAAAAAUCCAGAGUGUUUAGGUUGACUGCCAACGUGGAAUAGGAGGAACCCUUAGGGUCAAACCUUUGACCUGGGGUCACGGGUCAAAUUUUGGGUCGCCCGGAAUUUGGGUCGUGACAUAUGGAAACCUCACCUUGCACUCGUUUCCUUUCAGCCCUUCUCUUUUCUCUAGCCUUCACUUCGAUAAACUUAAUCUCAGCAGCCAGGCCUGCCACCGACAAAGCCAGCACCGAGUUUAUUAGAACUGCUUGUGGUACAACAACUUAUCCACAGCUUUGCUUCACUUCUCUUGCUGCUCAUGCCAGUGUAAUACAAACAAACCCGAAACUUCUUGCUAGCACCGCUCUCUCUGUGACGCUCGCAACAGCACGAUCAACAUCAUCAGAUAUGUCCACUCUGCUGAAAAGACAUGGCCUGACGCCUAGAGAGGUUUCAGCCAUGCGGGACUGUGUGGAAGAGUUAAGUGACUCUGUGGACCAGCUUAAAAAAUCCAUGGGGGAGAUGAGCCAAAUAAAAAGCUCCAAUUUUGGGCUCAUGAUCAAUGACAUACAAACUUGGGUUAGUGCUGCUUUGACGGAUGAGGACACCUGUGCUAACGGGUUUACGGAAAAUGCCAUGACCGAGAAUGUCAGGACUGUCGUGAACGCUCGCAUAGUAAAUAUUGCACAUAUGACUAGCAAUGCCUUGGCUUUGAUCAAUAGUUAUGCUUCCCUCCACCAUUAGCCAACCUUAAAUUUUCCAAUUUAUUUUGUGUGUGAAUCCCAUAUGUAGCAGCAGGUUUCAAGUGGGUGUAUUUAGGGUCUUGUGUUGCUUGUUUGAUCAGCCUAGGUUUGCUGCAACAUAUGGAAUGCUUGAUCUGGAGAUUGAUCUCACUGGUCUUAAAUGAUCAGUUAUGGAUUGUAUUAAGGGCACUGCCCUCAUUAUAGUAUGCACUAGAUGAUGGCUGUUCCACUUCCUUA